AUGGUUGAUUCUUCGACCAGACUGAACUGUCGCAAGGCUUCGUCCAGCUUUGAGGAUGAGAAGAUCCCCCUUCCAGCCCAGCUUGGGCCCGCCACUUCGGCGUUGACUUUGAGUACGGAUGAGGGUGCAUCGGAGAGAGAUAACGCGGCCAACGGGAUUAACAAUUACUUCGGCGACCGUCCAGACUGCUUCAAAAACACAUUUCAGGAGGUAUCGUUCGUCUUCCAAGCUACGAUUGCCACGGCAACAUCGUCAUUUCUCACCGGGGUUUGCUUAAUCGUCACGGCCAGUAUCGGUCGCGAUCUGGGCAUGACGCAGGGGCAGAUAUCUUGGAUCACAGCUUCAACCAGUCUUGUGGCAGGGGCUUUCCAACUGGCUCUGGGCCAGUUGGCAGACCUGGUUGGUCGAAAACUCAUGUUCAUAGUUGGAAUGGGUUCAUUCAGUGCUCUCGUUCUUCUGACGGGGUUCGCCCAGAACCCGUACUGGAUGCUGAUCAUGUGCGGUGCACUCGGGAUCCCUUCGGCCAUGGUGGUGCCUCCCGCAAUGGGCAUCCUAGGAGCAGCAUACAAAACUCCUUCAAGGAGGAAGACCUCGGCCUUUGCUGCUUUCAGCGCCGGCAAUCCCCUAGGGUUCGUGUUCGGCAGUAUUGUCUGCGGUGUAGCCACCUCAAUAUCCAGCUGGCGAGCAGCUUACAUCUUCGUGGCUGUUGUCUGGGCUGGCCUCGCUGUAUUUGCGAUCUGGGCGGUUCCCAACGUUGAAAGCUUCGCCGCUCGAAGUCCGUUAAGAGAACGGCUCAAAGCCGUGAAGAACUUCGAUUACGUUGGCACAAUCAUGACAGUUUCAGGAACGGGCCCCGGUGACGGCUGGAAUCGGCCUCACAUCAUCGCCCUACUUGUCAUAGGAGUAUCUCUGCUUCUGCUUUUCUUCGUCUGGGAGAAAUUCUUUCCUACGCCGUUGAUGCCACCUCAAAUAUGGAAGGAUCGGAAUUUUACGCUCAUUAUCAUCGUGUUACUUCUAGGCAUGAUAGGCUUCCAGGGUUCGACUUUCUGGCUCACCUACUAUAUGCAGGAUAUUCAGCAAUUAUCUGCCCUGACAAUAGUGGCUCAUCUCGUUCCAAUGAUCCUAGGUGGAAUCAUGUGGAAUAUUUUGGCCGCAAAAAGUCUCCAUCGCAUCAACAAUACCCUCAUCAUGGCAUUCGGCUCCGUCGGAUACAUUUCUGCCGGCCUUCUUUUUGCUUUUAUGAAACAAGACAGUCUCUACUGGGCCUUUAUGUUUCCAGGGAUGAUUCUCACUGUUGCCGGGGGCGAUCUCCAGAACAACGUCGCAAAUAUAUACGUCAUGCAAUCAUUACCUCCUCACCAGCAAUCACUAGCCGGGGGGAUAGUCAAUGUUGUAACCCGUCUUGGCUCGUCGGUAGCCAUGGGAAUUACGACAGCCGUGUAUAGUUCGAUACAGCUCUCCCCGGAAAACGCUGAGGAUCCAAUGCUCCGGUACAACAGAACCUUCCUCACGUGUGUAGCCUUCUGCGGGGCGGGUGCAAUUUUUGUCCCGUUCAUGAGACUCGGGACGCAGGGGAAUUCCACAAAGCAGGAAGCAACAGGACACCCAUCUCAACGGUUGCCGUUUGUUGCGCAGCGAAGGACUCCCGGUCUGGUCGUCAAGCUCAACCACCGUGCACGGGUCUACGCCACCCUCAACGACCAAAGGCUGACACAGGGCGAUAUCCGGCUUGGCCGUCGCACGCCGUAUGGCUUCACCACCUAG